UUCUAUUUAGUGCCAACUCAAAUCGAGCGAGCUGAACGCCGAACCACGCCGAACGCAGGAUCUCUUUAGGAGAAAAGAUUUGGACGGUUGCUAUUCCAAAACCAAUCACAACAAGAAUCAAGAAUGCGAGAGUUAUUUUUUUACUGAGAAGCUCGGCUACAGAAAAGUGGAUGUAACUUUUCAGUUCUUGGUUCAUAGUUUAUUUGCUUCGUCUGUUCAUCAAACGAUUUUCACACCGAAAUGAAGUUCUCGUUCACCCUUUUGGGGUCCUGCAUUUUCAUUGCCUACAUGACCCACUCAAUUUGGACAAUAGCCCGUCUGUUUAUUCCUCCCAAAUGUGAUGUUGGACAAAGUUGCUUUCAUUCCUUCUUGGCAAAAGAACCUAAACUUCAGAUGUUUGGAUUUACAUCAGUACGAAGAAACCCGUCGUUAGAAAGUGAAGUGAAGCUAGUGUACAAUAAUAAGAAUUUUAAGUACAAAGAUGAGCUUGAAAAGCCCCUCAUCAUUCCUCUGCCCCAAUCUGUGAGAAACAACGGAUCUCUCUAUCUUCAUCUCUUCGUGGCAGCUUCUGAUUUUGGCAGGGCUAAAGAGAGAGCCAACAUCCAAGGCGGAGGCCUCUGGAUCAACUUGAUGCAGGAUCCUUUCACAAUAACCGCUUUUGCCAAAUUGACCCAGUAUCGUGUUCCCCAAGCAGAAACCUUCAAGCUCCUAGAUGACAAACAGAAAAAAUCUGAAUCUGAGAAAAACACAAAUCGACUCAAAACUCCAGUGGUGCAUAUCAAACCGUCUGUUCAAUUCAACAUUUUGACAGAAUCAUACUCUCUUCCCAUGAAAGACCUUCCUCCAGAGCUAGCUUACUUGCUCAGAUUGGCCCCAGAUGGCUCGUACUUACCUCUUAUUCAAUACAACUACUUGAGCAGCAGAAUAUCAGACUUGAUUGAAGUGAACAAGGACAUGAUGGAAGCAAACAUUACUCUCUCUUAUUCUCCGAUCGCAGUUGGAAAAUUAAGAUUGAUGCUGCAGCUGGAAAGUGGUUUGAGAUCGCUGAAGGAAUUUGGGUUCUCUGCCAAAGAUAUUGAUGAAGUGAAGGGCAUAUUUGCUGACACCAACAUUUACCUGUUGUGCACUACAAUGUUUGUGGCUGCUUUACAUCUUCUCUUUGAUUUCUUGGCUUUGAAAAAUGACGUGAACUUCUGGCGUCAUACCAAAUCUUUUGUUGGCCUGUCUACCCGGACCAUUUUGUGGAGAGCUUUCAGUCAGGCUGUAGUGUUUUUGUACCUACUGGACGAAAACACUUCCAUGCUUGUGCUUGUUCCUGCAGGAUUGACAACACUAGUAGAGUUUUGGAAGGUGAAGAAGUGCCUCAGAGUUCAGAUUUCGUUCAGUGGGAUCCAGAUAGGCUCAACUGGUUCAGCCGAAAGCCAAACUCAGCAAUUUGAUCAGCAGUGCAUGUCAUACUUGCAGUAUUUGCUGUGGCCUUUGUGCAUUGGAGGUGCGAUCUACUCUCUCCUUUAUGAACCGCACACAGGCUGGUAUUCGUGGACAGUCCAUAAUAUGGUUCGCGGUGUGUACGCAUUUGGCUUCCUUUUCAUGCUGCCACAGUUGUUCAUCAACUACAAAUUGAAAUCGGUUGCUCAUCUCCCAUGGAGGGCUUUCAUGUACAAGGCCUUCAACACAUUCAUCGAUGAUCUCUUUGCAUUCACAAUCACCAUGCCGACAGCGCACAGAGUUGCCUGCUUCCGAGAUGAUGCUGUGUUCCUUGUAUAUCUCUAUCAGAGAUGGCUCUAUCCAGUUGAUAAGAAAAGAGUGGAUCAUGGCACUGAAAUCGAUGAAACUGUUGGUGAGGAACGUCUCAAGAAAGACUGAUUUCAUUGGUGUGAACAGUAACCUCUGCAGCAUCAAAUUCCACUCAAGCCACAAAUUUUUAUAGCAUGAUAUAUCAUUUGUUGUAUUUCUUAUGUUCAAAAGAACACAAAAUCAUUUGCUGUGAAUUGUUUACAAUGUUGUUUUGCAUUUAAAAAUUGAUAGUUCCAUUAAUAAAAUAAAAUGUUUAUUAUUA